UCUCUUUCUCACCCUCUCCCUCCCCCUCCUCCCUGCAACAACAAUAGCAUUACACCGCUCUUAUACCCCCCAACCCAUACACACUCACCACAACCUCAAACCACCAAACCACCACGGCGAUUAAACUCUUUCCCACCAACCACAAGAAUGUUGGAUUUCAAGGACCCGGCGAUUAAGCUCUUUGGCAAGACCAUCUCAUUGCCUUUCAACCCCCACCUUUCUCCUACUUCCCCACCUCCCCCUCCUCUUUCUUCCACCACUUCCUUCCCGGACGACACUUCUCAGGGACUUCAACCCCCCUCACAGGACCAGAAACCUUUGGAAGGACAGGAAUUUGAGGGUAAAGAGGAAGAUGGCACCUCACGCCAGACAUCAGAGGAGUUAAAAGAUCCUACAGCAUCGCCGGGGGUAAGUGAGAACCCUGAAACACCCUCUGCUGACAAAGAGACUUCCAAGGAUGGAGAACAGAGUGAGAUAAGUGGCUCACAAGAAAAAACUUUAAAGAAGCCUGACAAAAUACUACCAUGUCCGCGUUGUACUAGCAUGGACACCAAGUUCUGCUACUACAACAACUACAAUGUCAACCAGCCCCGCCACUUCUGCAAGAACUGUCAGAGAUAUUGGACUGCUGGAGGAACCAUGAGGAAUGUGCCAGUGGGUGCCGGUCGUCGCAAGAACAAGAACUCCUCUGCUUCACAGUAUCGUCACAUUAUGGUGUCUGAAGCUCUUCAGACUGCUCGAGCAAGCGCUGCAAAUGGAAUCCACCAUCCCGCUUUGGGGAACAAUGGCACUGUCCUUAAUUUUGGCUCAGAUGGUCCUCUUUGUGAAUCCGUGGCUUCUGUACUGAAUCUUGCAGAUAAAACACAAAACUGUAUGCAGAAUGGUUUUCAUAAAUCUGAACAGAGAAUUCCUGCUUCUUGUGGAGGGGGUGAAAAUGGGGAUGACCACUCUUCUAUUACGUUGACAAAUUCAGCAGAAAAGGGAAACAUUGCUGGUUUAGAGCCCGUGGUAAAGAAUUUUCAAGCCUUUCCUCCUCAUGUGCCAUGCUUCCCAGGGGCUUCUUGGUCCUAUCCAUGGAAUCCUGCUCAGUGGAGCUCUAAAAUCCCCCCUCCCGCCUUUUGCCCUCCAGGAUUUCCUAUAUCAUUCUACCCUGCACCAGCUUACUGGGGUUGUACUGUACCUGGCUCUUGGAAUAUACCAUGUAUUCCUCCAACGUCGUCUUCUCCUAUCCACUCUGCCUUAGCCACUAGUCAUAACUCUCCAACCUUAGGGAAACAUGCCAGGGAUGGAGAGGUCCUUAAUCCAGCCAACCCAGGGAAAGAAGAUCACCAGAAAGAGAACAAUCCAGAAAGAGGUGUUUGGAUUCCAAAGACACUGAGGAUUGACGAUCCCAAUGAAGCUGCUAAGAGCUCUAUAUGGACAACACUUGGGAUUAAGAAUGAUGGGAGUAAUGGGGGAAGUCUCUUGAAGACCUUUCAAUCAAAGGGUGAUGAGAAAAAGCGCAUAGCUGAAAUGUCUCCGGUGUUGCAAGCCAACCCUGCAGCCUUGUCCAGAUCACUCAACUUCCAUGAGAGAGCCUAAAUUGCAUUGUAAAUUAUCUACUACAGUGGCGGUGGGAUGUGAUUUGAUGUGAUGGAGUUUACCUUGCUGCAAACUCUCCCUGAUAACAAAUUUGCACUGCCCUUUUCCCAUAGUUUCCAGAUGACUUAGCAGCCUCAAUGUAGUAGCCCCAAGUCAGAGGAAGACCAGAGAAGAGUUCAUCCAUAUUUACUUUUGUAGGAGAGUGAAGCCGUCUUUGAUGAGUUUGCAUGGUAACUUUUAUCUUUCCUGUAACAGCAUGAAUAGGUGUUUUGCCUUGUAGCUUAGAUUGUUUUCUGAUCAGUAAAUGUUUAUGUACAUAACUAUAUGUGACAGAGAGGCAGAGGAAGGAGAGAUUCUAGGAAGAACCACUCCAAGUGUUGUAGAAUAAAUUUGUACAUCUAAACCAGGAACCUUUUCCAUUUUUCCAGGUGCCUUUGAAGUAGUAAUGGCUAUGUCAAUCUUUAGCAUA